AAUAGAAGGGAAAAAGUCAAAGGGUAUCGGUAGCAUGGCAAACAUUGCAUGCGGGACAUUUGGACAUUGGACAUUUGACAAUCGCUGCUCUAUUUGAUGGCAUUUACUGGAUGGAGUUCUUUUUUUGUCUUUCGGGGUAUCGAUAUCAUUUUGUUAUUGUAUCAUACAAUACUGACAGUUGACCUGCAAACGACAAGGCUGUCGAUUACGUGCAGAAUUCUGUCAUUUAUUUUCUUUGUAAAAAUAAGUUGCGCGGGCAUAGUGUCAGAUAAUAUCCUGUAAUUAAUAUCACGCCAAAGGAAACAUGCAUGAAACAAAAUAA